AUGGGCUCCCUGAAAUCAAACCUAGACCUCGUGAACGAGUGCGACAAUUUUCCUUAUUUUGAUAUUCCUUCAGCUAAAGGGCUACCUUCAGAAAGAUAUUUCAAAUUCAAACUUGAAGGUCGUGACGAAGCGUUGGGUUACGUCUUGCCGGAUAUAGCCAGAAAGUUUCCUGAGAGCAAAGUGUUUAAUAGGGACGAUGGUUCAAUGGAGCUUAUAUUCAAACCCGGCGAUGUGCCAACCGAUCCCAAACAAGCUGCAGUGUGCCGAACUAAGGUGCUAGCGGCCUACUUGCAAGACGUGCGUGAGAACAACAUCUUUCAAGUAUUGACAGGCUGGCGCAACGAGCUGUACCCAGUCUAUGGCUUAAACAGAGAACUGCUUUUCAGCAUGGAGAGAUCAGCGAGCGCUCUUUUUGGGAUCGUGACAUACGGCGUACAUAUGACUGCUUAUACGCAGAACUCGGAUAGCAUCAAGAUAUGGACGCCGCGAAGAUCGCCGACCAAACAAACGUAUCCUGGUAUGAUGGACAACACUGUUGCUGGAGGUUUGAGCACAGGAGAGAGACCUUUCGGAUGUCUAAUUCGUGAAUCGAUGGAAGAAGCUUCCCUUCCUGAAGCGGUUGUGAGAUCUGCGAAAGCUUGUGGUACCAUGACCUACUUCCAUGUACGCGACGAGCGAGCUGGGGGAGAGGUUGGCCUCUGUCAGCCAGAAUGUCAGUACGUGUAUGACCUGGUGCUUCCCGAAGAUGUUGUCCCAAAACCUGGGGACAACGAAGCGGUUGAUUUCCAGCUUCUGAGUAUAAGCGAGGCGCAAGAAGCUAUGGCAGCUGGUCGUUUCAAACCCAACUGCGCACUGCUCUUGCUAGAAUUCUUUGUCCGUCACGGGAUUGUUACUCCAGAGAAUGAGCCAGACUACCUUGAGCUUGUCUCGAGGCUACAUCGACGUCUGGAAUUCCCGAUGGGUCAGUCUUGA